GAUUCCCACGACCUUUUCGCCAUUGACGUCGAUGUCGGGGACACUAGUGACCUGACACCAAUAUCCUCAAACUUCCACUACGGCUGUUCUAACGGAGAAAGGACGACCCAAUUGCGACUUGUGAUUACUGAAUUGCGAUAUCUCGCUUGCUGACUGUACAGAGGGGUUCCAAAAUGGGCAGUGUAACCCCGCGUGCCUCUCUGCUUUGGUCAGACGAAAUGGACUCUUACUUUGUCGACGAUGACGACGUUGAGCAGCAGCAGCUCAUCGACGGUGAUGACGAACUCGAUGAUGGGCGAACUCCGCUGGAUAGAACGAUAGACCGCAUUGGUAUGGGCAGCUACCAAUGGACGCUUCUGUCGCUGUGCGGUUUCGGUUGGAUGGCCGAUAAUAUGUGGAUUCAAGCAGUGGCUAUCAUACUACCACGCGUGCAGCUUCACUAUGCCGUACCGGACAGCUACAUUGGCGCCGUGUCCUCCUCAUUAUUCUGUGGCAUGAUGUUUGGCGCAGUGGGUUGGGGGACCUGUUCCGACCUCAUGGGUCGAAGCACCGCGUUUAACGCCACGUUGUUCUUUACUUCACUUUUUGGGCUAUUAGCCUCCUUAUCCUGGUCGUACACGUCUUUAUGCACCCUUCUCUUCUUGCUGGGCACAGCUGUGGGCGGUUCAAUGCCCACUGAUGGCACUCUACUUUUGGAACACAUGCCAAAAGGGAAGCAAUACCUGGUGACUGCAUUGUCAGUCUUCUUCUCCUUUGGUGCCGUCCUGUCUGCUAUCGUAGCUCUGCUCAUUGUACCUCACCAUUCGUGUUCACCGGCGCCGGCUGGAUGCGAUGUCGAUGUAGAAAAUCAGGGAUGGAAAUACCUUCUCAUUACAUUGGGUCUCAUUACACUAAGCAUGUUCUCGGCCCGAAUGGUCUUCUUCCGGCUGCACGAGUCGCCUCGUUUCCUAGUACAUGCUGGGCGUCAUCAAGAAGCCGUCGAGUCGCUGCAAAUGAUAGCAAGAUUCAAUGGCGCUCCCCUUUCUCUCGACCUCGACGAUGUAGACGACAUUCGGCGCAGUGUAGAUCAAACCCCGGCUGUGACUCCGGAUGCGCGACCUACAGGCGAUGACGGCACCAAUUCUCCCACCAGAGUUGUGGACUAUCACUCGACGGGAGAAUCUCCGGCGCAGCAGCUCGAGUCGCAUUCUUUCGCGACUCCGACGAUCCCGCAACAAGAGCCUCCUUCGCCCAAGGAAGAUGUCGAACCGAUAGCCCGACCACGCCGAGUCUCGUCACGCCCUACCUCCCGAUCUCGAACGCGAACGUCGUCUGUGUACGAGAAGCAGCUAUAUAGUCUCCUGCCAAGUUGGCUGAGACGUCCUCUAUGGGCAUGGUGGGAUCGGAUUCUGAUGGUUCUUACUCCGGAGUGGUUGAGAACAACAUUGCUUGUGUGGGCAGCCUGGUGCGCUAUGUCUCUCGCUUAUACCCUAUUCAACGUCUUUCUCCCAAAACUCCUCGAGACUGGUAAAGACUCAUCUGGGGAGGCUACAAAGUCACUAGAAGAUAGUUUAUGGGAUGUGGUAAUAUUUACUAUUGGCGGCUGUCCUGGAGCUAUUAUUGGUGCAUAUAUGAUAGAAUCCCGUCUCGGCCGUCGUUGGUCGUUGGCUGGGAGCACGUUUGUGACAGCUAUUUUCUGCGUGGUGUUUGUAAUGGUGGAAUCAUCAUGGGCAGUUAGAGCAAGUACUGUUGGAAUCAGCCUCAGUGCGACAACGAUGUGGGCGGUGUUAUAUGGCUGGACCCCAGAGAUAUUUGGCACGAAAGUUAGAGGGACGGCGUGUGGGAUCGCGUCUGCACUGUCGCGAAUUGGAGGAAUGAUAGCUCCUCUGGUCGGUGGAAUGCUUUUAAUGAUUGAUAGGGCGGUGCCUGUUUACACCAGCAUUGUUGUGUUCGUGAUUGCAGGAGUUUGCGUGCUAUUUCUGAAAGAGCGCGAAGGACGUAGUAUGACUAAAGACAGUGAGAGAGUAGUUGUACACUAGGACAGUGUAAUCAUCCUAAUCUAUCGUGUA